UAUCGCUUUUAUGUUUUGUCUCAUCACUUCUGUAUCUUCAACUUGCGUGACGGGUUGCUCUUGCAAAGAUGAUAACCUGGGAAGGUCUUUACUAUGUAUGGAAACCUCCAUGAGACAAAUCCCAGAGGACAUCCCACACAACUUCACUAAAAUUCGAAUUGAAAACUGCCACUUGACAGAGUUACCUCAAGGAUCUUUCCACAAAGUUAGUGCCUUGGAGUUUCUCUGGUUGAAUUUCAAUGAGAUCACUCUGAUGAAUAUCAAAAGUCUGGAGGGGCUGGCUAACUUGACAGAGCUCAGGCUACAAGGGAACAAGUUGACUACAGUACCGUGGACAGCGUUUCAAGACACACCCAUAUUAAAGAUUUUGGACCUGAAGCACAAUCGGCUCGACGUCCUGCCUGAACAAGCUCUGAGACACUUACCUGCCCUGACCUACUUAGAUCUAUCCUUCAACCAGUUUAGUGUGAUAUCAAGAGAUGUCUUCAAUAAUUGGCCGCUGUACCAAACAGCACAGAGAGCGUGGGGGAAAGAAGGGCUAGUGUCCAAUGUUGUUCUGGCACUACACGACAACCCCUGGUUGUGCGACUGCCGACUCAAAGGCUUUGUUGAAUUCAUCAGGGCUGUCAGCCCUCCCAUCAUUCUGAUGAACUCUUAUUUGAUGUGCUCGGGCCCCGACAUCAGGGCUGCCAAGUUUUUCCACGAGAUCCAGUUAAAAACCUGCAUGAAGCCAGUGACCUCUUCCCCAGAGACUAAUAUCACUUUACCACUUGGAGCAAAUGCAACACUUUCAUGCUUAGUCAAGGCCAGGCCAGCCCCAACUAUUCACUGGAUAUACAGUUCAAAACUCAUAAGAGGGGUUUCUGCCACAGAGACGAACACAGACGAGGAGUUGGUCACCUCCCAGCUGGUGAUCCCCUCCAUUCACCUGGCAGACCGAGGACUCUACACCUGUGUUGCCAACAACUUCAUCGGCAACUCCUCUGUCAGCAUCAUGGUGGACAUCAGCUCUCUAAACUCUUCCUUUCCUCUCCCUCCACCUGUUGCCAUGUUGGCACCUGAUAACACCUACAUAGACAUCAGAAUUGCCAAGCAGACGGUUUACGGUAUCACCCUGGAGUGGCACGCUGUAACAGAUAACCCAGCAGAAACCUGGUUCACCAUCCACUUUGGUAAAUAUGAUUCACCCAAAAAGGAGAUGAUCUACAUUGGCCCCGGUAUUAACAGCUACUCUGUGAGCGACCUGCUUCCUGUCACCAAAUAUGAAGUGUGUGUAAGCCUGAAGAACCACCCGCCAAGGGAAGGUCAGUGCAUUGUGUUCAUGACAGGUAGUGACAUCAGUGAAAUGGAGAAAAGAGAGAGGCUCAUUCACAUUAUUGUCAUUGUGUGCGCCAUGGUGCUGUCCGUGCCGGCUGGCAUGUAUGCCUGCACCACAGAGAUUAGGUUCAGCUGUGUAGAGCGCUGUGUGGCUCUGUGGAAAAAGUGCAGGCAGAGAGACAAUGGGAACCAGUCGGGGACAGAGAGGCAGGGCACCUUUGACAGCCUGCAGGCGAACAGCGAGGAAGGCCUUUGCAGGGACAUGGAGGAAAAGCCAAGGAGGAAACGAGAGAAGGGAGGGAGUGGAGCUUAUCUGUACUAGUAUCAAAGGUUCAAAUUGAACAUGUUAACAUGUGUAUUUGCUCAGAAUGUCAGUCUUACGUAUAGCCCCUGCUUUGUUCUUCCCAUGUAUUAUCGUUUGAUUUGAUUUUCUCAAGCUCCUUUAACCCACAAAGGCCUAGACGAACGCCGGCGGCUACUUGUUCUUAAAUGUUUGAUAACUUUUGAACCAUUAAUCCUAUCAACAAGCUUUAAAAACUCAAUUACAGCGGACAUUCUCAGCUUUCCAUAGAUACCACAUUUGUCUUAUUCAGCAUAUCCAAAAUAAAUUCAGGAGAGUCUGGCGCUCCCAAAGAUGGUCUAGGUCUUUAAGGGUUAAGGAACUUACGGGUUGUGCCAAUUUUGGUGCCCCCUGUGCACAAAACAGCACCUCUAACGUCUUUGCUAAUUUUGUAUUGUACAUAUGUACAUAUAUUUUUAAACAAAAUCCUCCCCCCUGCUUUGUUUUAAAGAUGAAAUGUAUCAUCCGCUCAGAAUCAUUGCUGUGAAAAUAAAAAAAUUAAAGGCUGUUUCCACAGCUAUAGCAGCUUGCCACUUUGUCUUAAACAUACUCUCUGGCAGUGGUUUCAGACAUUAGAAAUAAGUAAAUAGAAAUUGUCAGCCUUAAUGCGUAUGGUCUUUUUGGCUUUAGGAAUCAUUAAGAGUCAUCAGUAUGAAUUUAACUCUUCUUCAUAACUAGUUAAAAACUCUUCAUGGACACAUGGUUGAAAGGAGAAUAGAAUCAUGAAAGACAGUUCACUAAUUUAGCGUAGCAAGUAAAGAUAUACAGAUACAGGGGCAAAAUCCUCAAACACACUGGUAGCUGGACCAACUUCCUAUCUGCAACCAUUUAGUGCAUGUCAUCCCCAUUCUAAACUCCCUACCUGUCCAGUCUCUCUUUAGCCGUCCUAUCCAGCAAAGAUCAAAGACCCAUAUCAGGCUGCCUUAUAUAUUUAUUAAUUAAUUUGUUUAUCUACAGGGAUAAUGGAGGAAUCAAAACUAAAAAGAUGAGUAAAAUUACUUUCAAUUUUGCUGAUUCUUUUAUAUAUGUAUUCACCAAUGUCUUGAUUUUGUUUUUUGUGUGUGAAUAAAGGAAAGUCUCCUAAUUUUCUUUAACUUUCUUGUUUAAAUGUGACACUUCUCUUCUCUGUCCUGUUUAAAAAAAAUCUAAUGUUAUUGGAGUUCUGUGUCAGGAACCUGAUUUUAAUACAUUAGAAGCUCAAACAGGGGAGUAUCAAGUUAUUGAGUAAAUAAUCUCUGAAGCGUUCAUCUCAAAGUGGAGAUUUUCCUUUUUCAGAAGGAUACUUUGUCAAUUUAAUUUGUUAUAUUGUAAAUGGUGAUCUAUGGUAAUAUGUACAAAAAUAUUUGUGUAAUACAUUUUACAUUUUUGGGUCAUUUUUAAGAAAAUAUUUUGAUUGUGAUACUGAACACAACAACAUGUAAUUGUUGAUUUGAAAAAUGUAAAUAAGCAUUUCUUUAUAAAUUGUGUAUUUUUAUUGUUUAUUCUUUGGGAAGAUGCUGAAUUAAGAUCUAAUCCACAAAAUUAUUUUUUUAAUUCAUGUUUCAAGAAUAUUUAUUCAACUUUAAGUUUGUGAUUGUUUACAGUUUUUCUUUUCACUGACCCCAUCUUCUUGUAUUUGUAUGAAAUGAUGUUUGGAUUAAAUGGAUGUC